CUGUGGGAGGCAGCAUCAUCUCUCAGAUGGUGGCUGUCCGGAAUGGAACGUGCUUCACGCAUGUUAGGAGCUUCAUGCUUCUGUAGUUUCUCAAUGCCUGUGGGAGGCAGCAUCAUCUCUCAGAUGGUGGCUGUCUUGAAUGAAACAUGCUUCACGCAUGUUAGGAGCUUCAUGCUUCUGUAGUUUCUCAAUGCCUGUGGGAGGCAGCAUCAUCUCUCAGAUGGUGGCUGUCUUGGAUGAAACAUGCUUCACGCAUGUUAGGAGCUUCAUGCUUCUGUAGUUCCUUAAUGCCUGUAAGAGGCAGCAUCAUCCCUAAGAUGGUGGCUUUAUUGUAUGAAACAUGUUUCAUGCAUGUUCCAUUCUGCCCUCUGAAGAAUGCUUUGACAAGAAGAAACAGAAUUGGCACACCUUUCUCAAGGACCUCCAUGCCUGAAUAUUGAUGUUGGAACGUUUUCUCCUCCCAAGCGGCGUCUCUGGCAGAUUUCAAGAAAGAACGAAAAGAAUCUGAAGAAAGAACGAAAGGAAGCAACAAUGCACGACAGAAGCCAAACCAGGGCUCCAUUGACAAAUGGUCCCUGUCCUGAAUGGAACAUGCUUCACCCAUGUUAGGAGCUUCAUGCUUCUGUAGUUUCUCAAUGCCUGUGGGAGGCAGCAUCAUCUCUAAGAUGGUGGCUGUCCGGAAUGGAACGUACUUCACGCAUGUUAGGAGCUUCAUGCUUCUGUAGUUUCUCAAUGCCUGUGGGAGGCAGCAUCAUCUCUAAGAUGGUGGCUGUCUUGAAUGGAACAUGCUUCACGCAUGUUAGGAGCUUCAUGCUUCUGUAGUUUCUCAAUGUCUGUGGGAGGCAGCAUCAUCUCUAAGAUGGUCCCUGUCCUGAAUGGAACGUGCUUCACGCAUGUUAGGAGCUUCAUGCUUCUGUAGUUUCUCAAUGCCUGUGGGAGGCAGCAUCAUCUCUAAGAUGGUCCCUGUCCGGAAUGGAACGUGCUUCACGCAUGUUAGGAGCUUCAUGCUUCUGUAGAUUCUCAAUGCCUGUGGGAGACAGCAUCAUCUCUCAGAUGGUGGCUGUCCGGAAUAGAACGUGCUUCACGCAUGUUAGGAGCUUCAUGCUUCUGUAGUUUCUCAAUGCCUGUGGGAGGCAGCAUCAUCUCUCAGAUGGUGGCUGUCUUGAAUGAAACAUGCUUCACGCAUGUUAGGAGCUUCAUGCUUCUGUAGUUCCUUAAUGCCUGUGGGAGGCAGCAUCAUCCCUAAGAUGGUGGCUUUAUUGUAUGGAACAUGUUUCAUGCAUGUUCCAUUCUGCCCUCUGAAGAAUGCUUUGACAAGAAGAAACAGAAUUGGCACACCUUUCUCAAGGACCUCCAUGCCUGAAUAUUGAUGUUGGAACGUUUUCUCCUCCCAAGCGGCGUCUCUGGCAGAUUUCAAGAAAGAACGAAAAGAAUCUGAAGAAAGAACGAAAGGAAGCAACAAUGCAUGACAGAAGCCAAACCAGGGGCUCCAUUGACAGAGGGUCCCUGUCCUGAAUGGAACAUGCUUCACGCAUGUUAGGAGCUUCAUGCUUCUGUAGUUUCUCAAUGCCUGUGGGAGGCAGCAUCAUCUCUAAGAUGGUCCCUGUCCUGAAUGGAACAUGCUUCACGCAUGUUAGGAGCUUCAUGCUUCUGUAGUUUCUCAAUGCCUGUGGGAGGCAGUAGCAUCUCUAAGAUGGUGGCUGUGCGGAAUGGAACGUGCUUCAUGCAUGUUAGGAGCUUCAUGCUUCUGUAGUUUCUCAAUACCUGUGGGAGGCAGCAUCAUCUCUCAGAUGGUCCCUGUCCUGAAUGGAACGUGCUUCACGCAUGUUAGGAGCUUCAUGCUUCUGUAGUUUCUCAAUGCCUGUGGGAGGCAGCAUCAUCUCUAAGAUGGUGGCUUUAUUGUAUGGAACAUGUUUCAUGCAUGUUCCAUUCUGCCCUCUGAAGAAUGCUUUGACAAGAAGAAACAGAAUUGGCACACCUUUCUCAAGGACCUCCAUGCCUGAAUAUUGAUGUUGGAACGUUUUCUCCUCCCAUGCGGCGUCUCUGGCAGAUUUCAAGAAAGAAUGAAAAGAAUCUGAAGAAAGAACGAAAGGAAGCAACAAUGCACGACAGAAGCCAAACCAGGGCUCCAUUGACAGAUGGCCCCUGUCCUGAAUGCAACAUGCUUCAUGCGUGUUAGGAGCUACAGGCUUCUGUAUUUUCCCAAUGGAUGUGGGAGGCAGCAUCAUCCCUAAGAUGGUGGCUGUCGUGAAUGGGACAUGCUUCAUGCAUGUUCCAUUCUGCCCUCUGAAGAAUGCUUUGACAAGAAGAAACAGAACUGGCGCACCUUCUUCAAGGACCUCCAUGCCUGAACGUGGAUGUGGAAACGUUUUCUCCUCCGAAGUGGCCUCUGUGGCAGCAUCUUUCAACAAUGCAGACCCAUGAGCCAUUAUUAGAAACGUCCGAUAGUGUUAAAGAAGCAGCAGCCUCUGAGAAUCAGACGGGCCGAACAGAGGACGAACCAUGGCCACUGGACACGCCCUUCCAGAAGGAGAGGGAGCCCUCCCCGAGGAUCAAGAUCAACCUUAAUUAUCGCAAGGGACUUGUUGACCCAAAUGACCCGGAUCGCUUUGAUAGAGACCGGCUUUUUAGCGCCGUUACCAGGGGUAACCCGGAGGAAUUGGAAGGCUUGAGUGACUACCUGAGACGAACCCGCAAAUAUCUCACAAACUCUGAAUAUACAGAUGGCAUCACAGGCAAGACCUGCUUAAUGAAGGCCCUGCUGAAUUUAAAAGGCGGGAGGAACCCCACCAUCCCACUACUGUUGCAAAUAGACAAGGAGACUGAGAACCCCAGACCACUGAUCAACGUUGCUUGCCGGGAUAGCUACUACAGAGGUCAUACAGCUCUCCACAUUGCCAUUGAGAAGAGGAAUCUAGAUCUAAUCCAGCUCCUGGUGGAGAAUGGUGCUGAUGUCCACGCCAGGGCUUCUGGCAAGUUUUUCCAACAGAGGAAAAAAGGAGUCUGCUUCUAUUUUGGCGAGCUUCCCCUCUCCUUGGCCGCUUGCACCAACCAGGCGGACGUGAUCCAGUACCUCGUGCAUAAUCCUUACCAGCAGGCCAGGCUGACGGAACAGGAUUCCCAGGGCAACACGGUCCUCCACGCCCUGGUGAUGGUGGCCGACGACACGGAGAAGAACACAGAGCUGGUGAUCAGGAUGUACGACGAGGUCCUGAUCGAAGGCUCCAAGAUCAACCCCACGUGGCGGCUGGAGGAGAUGAUCAACCAGAAAGGGCUGACCCCUUUGAAACUGGCGGUCAAGACUGGCAAAGUAGAGAUUUUCAAGCACAUUCUUCACCGAGAGAUCAAGGACCCGGCUUUCCGGCAUCUCUCGCGCAAGUUCACCGAAUGGACCUAUGGGCCCCUCCAGAUCUCUCUCUACGACCUGUCCUCCAUUGACAGCUACGAGAAGAAUUCAGUGCUGGAAAUCCUGGCCUAUAACAGUGACACCCCGAACCGGUACAAAAUGGUGGCCAUGGAGCCUCUGAACAAGCUGCUCCAACGGAAGUGGGAUUCCUUUGCGUCCCAGAGAUUCCACUUCAGUUUCUUCUUCUACCUGCUCUUCAUGUUCGUCUUCUCGGCCGUUGCUUACCACCGGCCCGUGGAUGAGAAACCUCCUUAUGCAGUGACGGUUUCUGCCGGAAGUAUCUUCAUGCUCCUGGGCCAGAUCAUUGUCUGUCUUGGAGGCCUUUAUCUCUUGGUUGGUCAGGGUCUCUACCUCUGGAGGAGACGCAAGUCCUUGAAGAGUCUGCUUGCGGAUAGCUGCAUUGAAAUUUUUCUGUUGGUUCAGUCGUUUGCACUGCUGACCUCUGUGCCACUGUACCUUUUGGGCAUGGAAGAAUAUGUACCUUUCAUGGUUUUCUCCUUGCUUUUGGGCUGGGUGAACAUGCUAUACUACACCCGUGGCUUCGAGCAGACCGGGAUCUAUAGUGUCAUGAUUCAGAAGGCUAUCCUGAGGGACCUUCUGCGUUUCCUCUUGGUCUACGUGAUCUUCCUCAUGGGCUUUGCAUUAGCCCUCUUCACUCUUGCUGGAAAAGCUCCAUCCUUCAAUACGACGGUUGCCCCAAAGAUGGAGGAGGACAAACCCCCGGUCUUCUACUCGGGGCUGUUCCAGACCUGCCUGGAGCUCUUCAAAUUCACCAUUGGGAUGGGUGACCUGGAGUUCCAGGAGCACGUGAAGUUCAAGUACUUCGUCAUGUUCCUGCUCCUGCUCUUUGUGAUCCUGACCUACAUCCUCCUGCUGAACAUGCUGAUUGCCCUGAUGAGCGAGACGGUCACCAACGUCUCUGUCUACAGCCAGAGUGUCUGGAAGCUCCAGAGAGCGAUUGCUAUCUUGGAGCUGGAGAAAAGCUUGUUGUGGUGUUGGAAGAAGCCGCGAAGGACAGGCUGCUUGUUGUCUGUCGGCUCAGAGGGAAGGAAAGACGAGAGGUGGUGUUUCCGAGUGGAAGAGGUGAAUUGGGCCGACUGGAAGAAAGAACUGGGAGCAGUCCUCAAGGAGGACCCCGCGGACUCCGGCCACUCCGAGAUGGAGUUGCAAGGGAAGGGUCUCUGGGGCUGGAUGACGCAGCUGAAGGCACAGACAGCCACGCCAGAGGAGGAGGAGGAGGCGGCCCAGAUCCCCCUGCGCCCCAUCAGCCGCUGAUGAAACCACGAGCAGGAUCCAAGCACGGCUCUCGGCGAGGCCCUCUUUUCACACACGUGUGCCCAUGCCCACCGCUUGAAGUCCUGUGGUGUGAAAGAGUCUUUGGUGAUCACACAAAGCUUCCCUGCUGCCAUGCUCUUCCCUGGAGACGGCUCACCUCUCCAGAAACCAGAAGGCAUCAACCUUGUCCCAGCUUGCUUGCCAUCAAACCAUUUGUGCCUCAGGUUCAGUACUGAAUAGUGAAAAUCCUAGAACGUCAGGGUUGGAAGGGACCUCGGACGGAGGUCUUCUAGUCAGACCCUCUGCUCUAGCAUCCCUGCGGGGUGGCAGUCCAGCCUGGAAAUUGCCACUGAAGCAGAGCCCACCAAUGCAUGAGGCAGGCUGUUCCACAGUCUAAACUUCUUCCUAAUGGCUAGCCUGGAUCUGCUUCCUUGCCAUUUCAACCCCUUGUUUCUUGUCCAUACCUCUCAAGAGCAACAGAGAACAAACCCGCUCUUCUUCCGAUGGAGCAGCAGCCCUUCAGGUAUUUGAAGAUGGCCCUCCUCUCUUCCCUUAGGCUCCUCUUCUCCAGGCUACACAGACCCUCUCUUGGAGAUGCUGCCAGGGAGGGAACUGGGGACCUAGAUGCUCUUCCCAGAGCGGCCCCAUCGUCCCCUGAGGGGGGAGUUUCUUCUAGUGCUCACACAUCAAGUCUCCCAUUCAUAUGUAACCAGGGUGGAUCCUGCUUCGCAGAGGGGACAAUUCAUGCUUGCUACCACAAGUCCAGCUUUCCUCCUGCUAAUUUGGCGAACCAGAUAAUUUGAGUCAAAGGGUGGUAGCUUCGGAAUGUUUUCCAGCUUGUGGCCAGGCAGGGCAGCGCUUGGGUCCUCUGGGCCAAACUUUGCCAGACCCCACCCCCUGCCUAAGGUUAGCGGGGCUCCUGAGUUCUUGUGAUGGGGCAGAGGCAUAGAGCUAAGGGUCAGGAUGGCGCCUUCAAGACUCCCCCCUGCCCUCGUUUCUGGGGUGUGGACCUACACACGGCAAAGAAAGAAGCGCAAAAUGGGAUGCCUUAAAUAAAACAGAAGUCCGUCCACUUUUGCGUAUCUAAUCAUUUACUUCUGGACACAUGUGGCCUUUUUGAUGUCGCAAGCCAUCAACUUGUCCCUAAUCUGCAAGGGCGAUUCCUGACCUUGUGUCUCCUGUUGAUGCUGGACUACAGUGCCCAUCAUCCCACGACGCAGCUGGGGAUGAUGGGGGCUGUAGUCCCACACCACCUGGGCCCUCAAGGUUGCGCACUCUUAAAGUCAAAGGAUCGUUUGGCCCCUCAUUAAGCCUGGCCUGGCCUGACUGGACAGCUCCUGCUGCAUCUGCUAGCUGGCACUCUUUGUUUACAUGGUUACACGUUCACUGCGGAAUCAACCAGAGUUCCACCCAAGUCUGGUUUUGGAGGAUAAGCAACCCUUUCCUCCCCCUGUGCAAAUAAAAGAGGGUGGGAUAUCUCCAAGGUACUUUAGAAACGCUGGGUCCCAGAGCAUGUUCUAAAAUGCCACCCAUCUUGCUGAAGCUAAGCAGGUCUUGGUGUGUUCAGUGCCUGGAUGGGGGCUGUAACUUCGUGCUUUGCAUCUGCUUUGCAUGCAGAAGGCCCCAGGUUCACUCAGCAUGCUGGUUCCUUCAGCAGAGCAACACAGACAUAUCUUGAUGAUGUAAAACGUCGUUUUCUUCUACCCCGGAAGGAGGGUGUUUGCUCAAAAUGCAUCGGAUCUAAUAAUCGAGGAACCCUGGAAGCGGCCUUCUGCUGAGUCAGGCCAGCUAGCGCAGUGGUGUCUGCACUGAGUGGCAGCGGCUCGCCCAGGUUUCAGGCAGGAGUCUUUCCCAACCCCACCUGAAGAUGCUUGUGUGUGCAAAGCAGAUGAAACACUACGCUCCAGUCCUUCCCUUCCCACAGCUACCAUCCAGCCACUUACCCCUGCUAACUGAGCAAAGAGGCACCUUUUAAAGUGGUGAUUCUCUUACAUUUAGCAGGUGGAGAGCAACUGGCCCUGUCCAACCCCAGCACAGCAUCCCUCCAGUGGCUGUUGCUGGGAAUCUGCCUUGCGAUGGCGGAUAUUUAUAUAUUCUCCCAUCCAGGCACUGACCACACCAAGACCUGCUUAGCUUCUUGUACCUUCUGUUUCUUUUUAGAUUGUGAGCCCUUUGGGGACAGUGAACCAUCAUCAUGAAUUAUGUAAUAUUUAUUUUUCUAUGUAACCCGCUUUGAGGACUUUGGUUGAAGAGUGGAAUACAAAUAUUCGUAGUAGUAGCCAGUCACCAUGCUUUUAUCCCAGAGAAUUCUGCACCCAUCAGCCGCUGUGCUACAACAGGUCCCGAACUGCUGCUGUGAGCCUGAAAAACAAGAGGAUAAAAACAAGAGGAUUUACUCUCACAGCCAAGGCACGAGGGGGGUCGCUCUUAGAACUGGUGCUCCAUAGUCCCAGUGUGUUGAAAUACUUGGAUACCAAGUAUUGUUCCAGCAUUAUUAUUAUUAUUAUUAUUAUUAUUAUUACAUUUAUAUCCCGCUCUUCCUCCAAGGAGCCCAGAGAUGGGAGUUUCUCUUUCACAACGACCCUGUGAAGUAGGCGAGGCUGAGAGAGAAGUGACUGGCCCAGAGCCACCCAGCCAGUCUCAUGGCUGAAGGGGGAUUUGAACUCGGGUCUCCCCGGCCCUCGUCCAGCACUCUCACCACUACAGCACGCUGGCAGAUAAUGCAGCUCUCAGGGGCCUAAGGAGGGCCAAAGCACUGCCUCCCACCACCCACCAUCACAGUGUGGGGCUAGAGAGCAGGACUCCCUCUGUGGACAGACCCUUGUGAUGUGGGAAGCAGUAGUGCCCCAGCAUUCUGGGGUGGGAGUGGGGCUGUGGCUCAGUCGUAGAGACUGGCAGCGGCUGCUUCUCCCAGGUUGCAGGCAGGGAUCUCUCUCAGCCCUGUCUUGGAGAUGCGGCCAGGGAGGGAUCGUGGAGCCUAGAUAUGCUCUUCCCAGAGCAGCUCCAGCUCCAGCCCCUAAGGGGAAGAUGGUUGCAUAUGAAUGGGAGACUGGAUGUGUGAGCACUGUAAGAGAUUCCCCUCAGGGGAUAAUGGGGCCACUCUGGGAAGAGCAGAAGGUUCCCAGUCCCCUCCCUGGCAGCAUUUCCCAGAUAGGGCUGAGAGAGAGAUUCCUGCCUGCCGCCUUGGAGAAGCCGCUGCCAGUCUGGGUUGACAAUCCUGAGCUAGAGGGAACAAGGUUCCGACUCAGUAGAUGGCAGCUUCCUCGGUUCCUAUGACUGGCAGCUGAGUAGGAGUGUCCAGCCUGGCCAGGCUAUAUGCCCUGUGUGUGCUCACGAGAACCAGUCAUGUGCUGGCAGAAAACAAGCUGGUGUGGGGGAGAGAGUGACCAUGUGGUUUGCUGCUAUCUGGGGAGGACAGGCCUGGGACCUGCUUUUCCUCCACCCUUGUUGGGUAGAUUGGUGGCCUGGUCCCCAGAUGGGCCAGUUGAGGCAGAGAAAGGGGUUGCUCAUGACUGCCCAGCCAAGACUGGUAGCCGGCAGCUCACCCUCUUGGCCAGGGCACAAGCACAACACGUCUUUUCCGAAGACUGAUGCAAGCAGGCAGUGCUUGAUUGGAGGGACCAAAUGCUCCCCCAGUAUACCAGAUAUAUUCCAAAGAACGGUGCGAACCCCAGGUUGCUCAGCUCUCAGGGAGGACCAGCCGGAGACUCUGUUGCUGUUGCAUGCUGGAUCACAGCUCCCAUGAUCCCCUGCCACAAUGCACUGGAGAGGCUCAGCCUGGCCACUCCGCCCUAUAUCUCCACCCCUUCAUAGAGCUAUAGAGCAUUUCAAGCGGGGGUUUCAGCUUGAGGGGCCAUUCGGUGCCUGUUCCUAGGAGUGGUGGUCUUGGUGGCGGCGGGGCGGGUCUUGCCCCGCAAUGGUGCUGGGCCAGGGGGCUGGAUCCUUCCAGGCCCAAUGCGGCGGGGGGGAGCCGAGCCAGCCUCCCCCAGCUGGCCUUGGCCCCUCCCCUCUCGAGGCCAGGGGGCGCCACGUGACCCCGAGCGCUCCUGCCCGGCAGCCACUGAGCGCGCAUGCGAGCUAACCGCGGCGCCCUCGCGCUUCUCGUCCCCUCUCUCGCCAGGGGUGGCUCCUCCUCCUCCCCGCCUGUGAAGCCGAGCGCAGCGCAGCCAGUGCCAGCCCCGCCUCUCUCCGUCGCCGUGCGCGCGCUCGUGCCGUCACGCGGGGCUCGAGAGAGGCCGCGGCUGCGCGCGCAUAUAUCCCUCCUCCUUCCGGCCUCGCCUCCGUCCUUUCUCCCUUUAUUGUUUUGCCUGGGUUGGUCCCACGUGGUGCCGCGGCGGCGGGCGGGACGCCAGUGUAGUGUCACGUAAGAGGAGGAGGAAGUACUGAAAUCUGAUGGGGUAGGGGAGAAUAACACACUAGCCUAUCAGAAAGCCCUACAGUGUACCGCUCGUUGAUGGAUAUGGCAAAGUGAUACUACAAGGGCCCUGAACUUUUAGAAGGAGCUGGUGUUAUUUCCAACGGGUUUAAAGAUUAUGCCCACUUAAGUCUUGCAUCCCCCCCCCAUUCUUUUUGUCAUUCAUUCUGCCAUGUAAAUAUCUGUGCAUUUACUGUUGAAAGGUAUUAAAAAUACUGUUUGCUUGUUUUUUUUGCAUAGAAAGCUUCACCAGGAAUAAAAUCAGACCUCAUGGCACCACC